CAGCGGUGACAGAAGAAAUGGAAGUUGACAGUGACAGCGACGACGAAGAUGUUGUAAGCGACGAUGAAAGUGAACAGGAAGAAUUGUACGAAGUGGAUAAAAUCGUCGGAAUGCGCAAUGCUGGAAAUGAUAAAAAGCUGUUUCGGGUGAGAUGGAAGGGCUACACGUCUCUGAACGACACAUGGGAACCUGUCGAGAACCUUGUCAGCUGUCUGGACAUGGUGGAGGAAUAUGAACGGCAGACAGAAAUCAGAAAGAAACAGAGAUCGGAAGAACGCAAGAAAAGAAUGGCUCUAAUGGCAGGUAAAGUCUUAUCAGAUGAACAGUCAACAGAUGAUGAGUCUAUCCCGUCAUCUAACACUGAUCCAACAUCUUCAGGCUCAACUCUCAAGGACACGUUCUGGAAAGACCUUGAAGAAGGUCGUAUAAAUUUGUUUACCACAGACAUGUACUCCAGGGUCAAAGGUGAAUGUCGAGCAGCAAGGCCAGUAUCUUUCAAAGAUCAGUUUAAGACAAAGUCGUCGAAAGAUGAAAACGAAAAUGUGAAAUCCCCUCAGAAUACAAAUGAUAGCAGCUCUAGAAAGAAACGUUUGAAGCGUCAGAGAGAAAAAUAUAAGAGCCCAAAGAAAGACAGUCACUUGAAAACUAAAUCUAGAAAGAGACUGAGAUGUCGAAUUAAAUCUAAUGAAUUCAUAAUGCUGUCUUCGAGUGCUAACAGUUGUAGUGAGUCGGAAGAUGGCAGCUCUGAUGUAGACAAAGAAUCGGUUACUGAUUCAAACACAAAUAAUAUCACAGUUUCAAAUAACAACGAUGACAAACAGAAUUCAGUUACGAAUAACAACAAUGACAAAUUCAGUUUAGUUUCACAUAACGACAGUGAAAAAGAGAGUUUUGUUUUAAAUAACAACACUGAAAAAGAGAGUUCAGUUUUAGACAAUGAGACAGAGAAAGAGUGUUCAGUUUUAGAUGAGAUAGAGAAAGAGAGUUGCGAUAAAGAUGCUGCAUCAGGUGAGUGUUACGAUGAGCGGAAUAAGUCGACAGCUUCCUGUGAUAUUUCCCAAGCAGAGCCGAUGGACAUCUCCACAUCAUCUCUCGAUGAAUCCAGCUUUCAAGACAGGAACGAGGCCAAGACAUGCAUAAAGAACUGUGAUAACUUGAAGAAAACUCAGCAUGAUAUAUCUUUGAGACUGGAAUGUCCAGAUAAACUGUCUCCUCGUAAAAGUGUUGAUAAAUAUUCAAAUCCUAAUCCAAGCAGCAGUACAUCUCAUCACAGAACUGACAGUGUUAAAAAACACAGCAAACAUCGCCACAAGUCCACAGAAGAACCGCGGUCGGACAGGAGUGUGAAACAUGAGUCUAAACAUCACCACAGGAAGCGAUCUACGUCGGAUAAAGAAUCACACAAGGGGCAGAUAACACCCGAAUCGGCAGCCAAAACUUCAAACAAAUCUUCCUCCUCUGGGAAGGAAAACAUUAGCAUAGACGUCAGUAAAACGGUUCCUGUAAGUUCUGGGAUUUGUGCAUUGUUAUCAUCAAAAUCGUCAACGUCGGGACAUAAAGACGAAAAAAACGCUAGUAAAGUGACGCGUCGUAAAGACUCGUCUGAAAUAUCCCAACCUCUGGAGAAGAUUUUGAGUGGUUCACUGCUUCCUAUUCUACCAGAAAAUAAGACCCAAAUGGACAAAGUAUUUGACCUUGGAUUUGACAUUGAGUUAGAUGAUAUUGACCUUGAUGAGUUGGAACAACAGCUUAUACACUCGCCCGGUAUUGUACAUUUGACUGAUGACGAACUGCAGCAGGCAGUGGUGGGAGGCGACUAUGACCUGAUAAAGCGAGCGUUCGACGCAGACUGUCUGUUUGACAUAGAGCAGCCAGACGACAAUGGAAACACUCUGCUUAUGCAUGCCGUCCUUAAGAAUUAUGAUGACAUAGCCGAAGUGCUUCUCUGUAAUGGUGCUAAAAUUAAUGCUCAACAGAAACAAGGAAACACUGCCCUCACAACAGCAUGUGAACAGGCUCACAUCUGUACCGUGGCUCUUCUGGUGGAGAUGGGAGCCAAUGUCAAUCUAGAUAACAACGCCGGGGAAACUCCUCUUAUGAAGGCUGUUAAACGUGGUCACAAGCAGAUUGUGUGUUACCUGCUGGAAAGUGGUGCUAACUUUGCCUCACUCACAAAGACUGGCUAUAGUGCUCUGACAUUUGCUAAGCUGCUCCGAGCGUCUGAUGUGGAGGACAUUAUUGUGGAUCACAUAUCAAAAUUGACAUCCGAGUUUGAACAUCAGGUUUCAUUGACUCUAAAUAACACUGCGACUAUUAUCAGUGCCCUGUUUCCGCUCCAGUGCUUUCCCUUGUGUGAUGACAAACAGUUCACUAUCGUUUUCAAGAACGAGGCGGAACCCCUCACCCCAGGUGUUGGGUUUCUUCUGUUCAUUGCUCAUGCCAAAUUCUCCCCGGCUGAUGUCAAGUGUCGUUUGUAUGGGAACUGUGCUGUGACUGGCGUCGUGUUGAAUGGGAUCAGACAACCAUCGCUGACUGAGAAUGCCAACUUUGUGUUGUCUUGUCAUCCGCUGUUACGUGGAAAAAAUGAACUGGUCAUUCAUACAGACACAGACAAACUAUCCAAGGCCAAACUGGUGGUGUGUGCGUACAAGGCUCAGCUUCUGGACGUGGCGUGACGGUAACACCCGACUCCUCACAUCUCCUCAUUUCUUACUGACCACUCAUUCAACUGAUGUACAGAUUGACUCAUCUUCUUCAGCAAGCCUUCUUUCAUUGUAUGUCAAUUUAUUAUUGUGUUUGUUUCCAUCCUGAUUAACAGGGCGAAAUGUCUCACGUUCUGAUCGCUGCCAACACAUGUUGUAUUUCUCUUGUUAGCGAAUGUCACUCUUUGAUUCAGCUGAACAUGUGACUAGCCUACCUGACUGUAGUUAGAAAAUACAUGACUAGGCAGUAGUCAAUCACUAGAGAUGUAUAGCAACAUUGGUGGCAAAUAAAGUUAGGGUUGUUCUAAACACUUAGUAGAAAAUCCUGGCCAUGACAGGUGUAGCUGAAAAAAAGACAUGACUGAGCUACCAGUAGAUUAAUUGUAGCUCAAGAAUACAUGACUAGGCUACCAGUAGAUUUAACUGUUUUCAAAGAAUACAUGACUAGGCUACAAACAGAUAUAACUGUAGUCAGAAAAUACAUGACUAGACUACCAGUAGAUUUAGCUGUAGUUAAAGAAUAUAUGACUAAACUACCAGUAGAUUUAACUGUAGUCAAAUAAUACAUGACUAGACUACCAGUAGAUUUAGCUUAGUCGACUAAUACAUGACUAAACUACCAGUAGAUUUAACUGUAGUCAAAUAAUACAUGACUAGGCUACCAGUAGAUUUAACUGUAGUCAAAGAAUAUAUGACUAAACUACCAGUAGAUUUAGCUGUAGUCAAAGGAUACAUGACUAAGCUACCAGUAGAUUUAACUGUAGUCAGAAAAUACAUGACUAGGCUACCAGUAGAUUUAACUGUAGUCAAAGAAUACCUGAUUAGGCUACCAGUAGAUUUAACUGUAGUCAAAUAAUACAUAUCUAGGCUACCAGUAGAUUUAACUGUAGUCAAAGAAUACCUGACUAGGCUACCAGUAGAUUUAACUGUAGUCAAAGAAUACAUGACCAAAGUACCAGAGAAUACAUGACUGAAUGACCAGUAGAUUUAUCUGUAAUUGAAAAAGACAUAACGAGACUGCCAUUUAAUAAAACUUUCGUUGGACAGUAUAUGAAAGUUUCCAGAAUGGAAAAAAAAAGUCUUAAUGCUGCCAUCAGCUCAUUUGUAUUUGCGGCAGUUAUAAAGUAAAGUUUGUUUUAUUUAACGACGCCACUAGAGCACAUUGAUUUUUUAUCUUAUCAUCGGCUAUUGGACGUCAAACAUA